UGUGCUGGGACGUUCUGGGGCGAUACUGAGCUGUGCUGGGACGUUCUGGGGCGAUACUGGGCUGUACUGGGACGUUCUGGGGUGAUACUGGGCUGUACUGGGAUAUUCUGGGGUGAUACUGGGCUGUACUGGGACAUUCUGAGGUGAUAUUGGGAUAUUCUGGGGUGUUAGUGGGCUGUACUGGGACGUUCUGGGGUAAUACUGGGCUGUACAGUGAUAUUCUGGGGUGAUAGUGGGCUAUACUGGGACAUUCUGUGCUGUACUGGGAUAUUCUGGGGUGUACUGGGACAUUCUGAGGUGAUAUUGGGAUAUUCUGGGGUGUACUGGGCUGUACUGGGACAUUCUGGGGUGAUACUGGGCUGUCACUGGGGUUAUUGAGAGGUGUCCUGGGUUCUACUGGGGUGCCAUGGGUUAUACUGGGGCGUACUGAGCCCUGCCUGGCCGUACUGGGUUGUACUGGGCCGUACUGGGUCAUACUGGGGUCAUACCGGCGGCUCGGGGCGUGGAUCGGAGCUGUCAUGGAGCGGUUCGUGGAGGGGAACCGGGCGGCUCUGCAGGAUCACAUACGGCAGCACCGGGAGAUCCACGUGGUGAUGGGCAACGAGGCCUGUGACCUGGACUCCACCGUCUCCGCGCUGGCCCUGGCCUAUUUCCUGGCCCAGAGCUCCCCAGCUCCCAAAGCCGCCUUCGUGCCGGUGCUGAACAUUCCCCGCGCCGACUUCGCGCUGCGGACGGAGACCACGUUCCUGCUGCGGGAUCGGGGAAUCCCGGCCGCCUCCCUCGUCUUUCGGGACGAGAUCGACCUGCGGGGGCUGCACCACGCUGGGCUGCUCUCCCUGACGCUGGUCGAUCACCACGUCCUGCCCGGCGCCGACGCUGCCCUGGAGGAGGCCGUGGUGGAGGUCCUGGACCACCGGCCGCUGGAGCGGGACCGUGGUCCCCCAUGCCAGGUGACCGUGGAGCAGGUGGGCUCCUGUGCCACGCUGGUGACCGAGCGGAUCCUGCAGGGCCCCCCGGGUGUGCUGGACGGAACCACAGCCGCCCUGCUGCACGGCACCAUCCUGCUGGACUGCAUCAACCUGAGCCCGGCCGCGGGCAAGGCGACCCCCAGGGACGUGGCCUGCGUGUCCCUGCUUGAGGAGAGGUUCCCGGAGCUGCCGGCCCGUGACGCCGUGUUCGGAGCCCUGCAGGCGGCCAAGUUUGAUGUCACAGGGCUGACGACAGAGCAGAUGCUGCGGAAGGACCUCAAAGUCAUCUCCAGUGAUGAGGUGGUCGUUGCCAUCAGUGGCAUCUUCGAGGACCUGGAAACAUUCUUGCUCCGGCCCGGCUUGCUGCAGGACCUGGAGGCUUUCUGCCAGGGCCGUGGCUACGCGGGGCUGGUGGCCAUGACCGUGUCCUUUAACGAAUGCUAUGAGCCCACGCGGAAGCUCGCGGUUUACAGCCAGCAGGAGCCUCUCCGUGGCACGGUGAGUCAGGGAGCCAGGCUCAGGCACCUCUGGGCACUUCCCAGCUGUGGUUCGCCCCAGAACCUCCCGUUUUUGGGGGUGCUGCGGAGGUCCCAGCCCUGCGUUCGCUCCCCUGCAGCUGUGCCGGGCACUGGAGGAGGCGACGACGCCGUCCCUGCUCCUGCAGCUGCUGCCGAGCCCCUGGGCCAGCGUGGCCACCUACGCCCAGGGCAACACCGUGGCCACUCGCAAGAAGGUGCUGCCCAUCCUGCGGGCAGCGCUGGGGGGCCUGGGGGCUGCUGGGGGCCCCGAGGAGGAGGUGCUGCCCCCUCCCACCCCCAUGAACAGCCUGGUGGAGGAGUGUCCCCUGGCACAGGCCGUGCCCCCGCUGUGUCCCCAGGAUGUCCUGGAGCGGGUCAGCCGCAUCGCCGUGGGGCAGCCCCCCGGCUCCCCAAAAUAGCAGCGAGUGCCCCGUGGCUUUUUGGGGUCUGGAUGAAAAGUUGAGGUCCCUGAGCAAGCCCUGGUGGGGUGCCGGGAUCUGGGAAGGGUUGCAGCCACAUUUGUUAGAGCUCAUCUCCUGGUUCUUGUGGUGGUUUAUCCCCUCCCCAAUGGCUCCCUCUGCCCUAGUGCUCCCCAGGUGGGUUUUUGGGGAUGCCAUGGGCAGUAGUUGCAACCCCUUAAUGAAGGUGUUGGGGUGAGGGAGUUAACGAGUUCUUGAUGAUCUUCCUUCCUUGGGGGGCACUGGGGGGCCCCAGAAGGUGGGUCUGGACAUGCAGCCGUCCAGGACUGUUGCUGUUUUCCAAUGAUUAAAUUUCCCUUUUCUUCCA